UGGUAUUGAAAUCAGGUUAUCAUGAGUGAGCAACAAUCAGUGUUUGAACCGACUUCUAAAUCCGUGGCGACGCCGGCUAGUGGUUUUUCGUUCGGUGCACGCUUAUCUGAUGCAGGGGCUGCAUCUUCUGAAGGAGCAAAAACUUUCGGCGAUUUUUCGUCGCAAGGCUUUGGAGCGGGGUUUCCUUCUUCACUGAUGAGCGAUGAGGAGCCCACCAAGAAGUCCACUUUUGGUACCGGAAGCAGAUAUAAGUACGUGGCCCCUGGAUUCACUAAAACCACGUUUUCCGCUUAUGCUGCCAAGGACUUUGGCGCGUCCAAACCUGCGAAUGUAUUUGGCAAUCUUACGGCAAAUCCGCCGGGAUUUGCUGAUUUGAGAAGCACUGCCGAACAAAAUUUAUUUUCUACCAAAGCAAGUAAACCUGUCAGUUUCGGUGGUUCUUUUCAAAAGGAAGAUGCGGGGAAAUCAACCCUAAAUUUGUUCGCCAAGAAAGAACCGAGUGCAUUUGGUGGUUCAGCAUCCGGAGUUUCUGCAUUUUUCUCUGAUCAGCCUUUUGGCUCUUCGACGCUUCCGCAGACAAAGGUAGAUGAUCAAAAGCCGGUCUUCGGGACAAAGUUGUCAUUUUUAUCGACGUCCAGUGCGCCAAGUGCGGCCAGUUCACUUGUGUCAGAUGCCACUCCAGUUCAAGAAUCUGGAAAUCUUUUCGUAACAUCGGAUGCGUUGAAGAAACCUACAGUUUCGUCCGAUGACUUAUUCGCAAGGUCACUCGAUUCUGGUCAGUUUGGAAAGCCAUCCCUGAAUACUGUUGGGAGUUCUUGGUCUUCUUCCGAAUCGACUGCUUGGACUAGCGAAAAAUCGAAAGUUCCUCCAAAAUAUUCGACCUUAUUCGGAAAAUCUGUUGAUUCCUCCGCGUUGAUGAAGAUUGCCGCUGAGCAGGCGAGCCAGCCGUCGAGUUCGGAGUCUCCCAUGGAAGAUUUUUCGGAUAUGGCAUCCAGUGAGAGAGUCGAAGACGGAUGUCUAGAUGAUGAACAUUAUGAAUCCGAUGAAGAUGGUAAAAAUCCAAAGGAGGAAGGCCUUCAUGAAUCGGAAUCUGCGUCUUCUCGUCAAGAGUCGCCUCCGAAUGUUACUCCAGUUCGGGGGAAGAGUCCAGUUGAAACCACAGUUCCCCCUAUGAAAUCAAAAUUUCGAACGAGAAAAAUUUCUGCUGGAUUUGAACCCGGGGAUUUCACUGCUCUUUCAUUGAAGAACGUUCCUCCGAGUCUCAACCAAAGAUAUUUGCAACAAUAUUACAGCAAGUACGGCGACGUAUCUCGCGUUACCGUUUAUCCACUGAAGCGCAUCGGCUAUGUAUACUUCCACGAUGCGCAAAUCGCGAGAUUGGCCAAGACUAGCAGCAAGGAUCUGAUAAAAGCCUUUCCUGGACUGUCGGUGUUGUUGUACAAGCCUAACUCACCGCGAACGCGUUCGGUUUUACCCAAGAGCAGAACCGAACCGUACGCUCUUCCUAAGGUCCGGCAAGAAGAACCGUCUGAAUCGUCGGUUGCUGAGCCUGUCGUAGUUUCUUCCGGAACCCUCGAAAAGAACUUCGUGGAGCUUUGUGCUGUACCGGCACACUCGGCUGAACAACGUUGGAAGAUUUUGGAUGUACGCGACAGAUUGCUGAAGUUAUAUCGAGACAAAAAGCGAAAUUUGGCGGACUAUUUGGUGGGCACAUGUCCUGAUAUGUGUCCCGAAAAGGAACGAUAUUUACGCUGCUAUCAAAACAUUUUGACUCCGUUCGAAAAGUCGUCAUCGCGGGAGAACUCUGCUGAGUUCCAUCGAUAUUGCGUGAAGGAGUAUUCGAGAUCCAGUGCGGAUCAAGAAGAGCCUCUGUCCCACGACUUACGACCGAUCGAAACGCUGCAAAAAGCGAUGAUAUACUUGCUGAGUAAUGUCCUGGACAAAUUUGAGCAUUACUCCGGUGACCUGCCGAUCGAGGAGUGGUACAACUUUUUGUGGGACCGAAUGCGAGCAAUCCGUAAAGAUAUUACUCAACAGCAACUCACCGGUCCAAUUGCGGUCGAACUCAUAGAGAUUUGCGUACGUUUCCACAUUUUGGCGUGUGCCGUGAUGGCGAUGGAGGCCGUACAUGUCUUCGAUCCGAAGAUCAAUGAUGAAAAUUUGACGAAGUCGUUGACAACUGUUCUGCAAAUGUACGAGGACGGAAAGAAGGAGAAUUGUCGAUAUCCCAAUGAGGCCGAAUUUCGAGCUUAUUACGUUUUGCUGAGAGCAGAUCGAGGGGACACCCUUAGAAAGAUCCAAACUUUGGAUCCGGCGAUCCGAAAAACUCCAUUGGUUCAGCUGAGCAUCAAAAUUUGCGGAACACUGUCGUCGAGAAACUACGUGCGGUUCUUCAUGCUUAUUCGUGACCCGACGCUGCCCAUAUUGGUAUCAGCUAUCCUUAUGCGAUACUUCUGGCAAGUGCGGUCGGAAGCAUUACGCUUACUUGUGUUUGCCGUCGUAUCGUCGAAGAAGAAACCUGUCAAUCUCCGAAUUAGUGACUUGAAGAAGUGGCUCGGUUUCGACGAUGAAAGUGAAGAGGAGGUCAUUGCCUUUUGUCAAGCCCAUAAUCUUAUGGUUCAGAUGGGUCGACCUGGAGACACUGAAGCUGGAGGCUUUACGGAUGAUGCCAAUGAAGUUUCUAACUGCGUUCUGCUGGACAGGAAUUUGUUCAAAGUUUGUCAGGAUUCUCUCCCAACUUCUGCUUCGCUGGUUUGGAAGAAAAAGGGCGGCGAAAAUCUUUCGCAGAUUGUUCUCGGCGGCAAACCGCUGGAUGCCAGUGCACUAGAUGCCCUACAACCCCACGACAGCUUCGACUUGAAAGGAUUUUUAAAAGAAUCUUCAAAAUUAGCGAGGGACCAAGGCUGCCAAAUAAUUGUACCGACGUCAGUCUUAGAAGCUACGCAGCCGAGUUCUGAUCAGCCUUUCGUGCGCUUCAAUGCGCAGCCGAGGGAAGCGAAAUUUGGGGCUGCGUCACUUUUGGACGUCCAACUCAAACGGGAAAUGGAGGAGAAGAAACGGCGGUUACGUGAAGUUCUGAUAAACAGGUUAGCCGACCAGGCGUUCGAAGAAAUGUUGGACUCGGUCAUUCAAGGAAGUGUGCGAGUAAUUGCGCUUAGCGAAAAGACCAAGGCCCGCGAAGCUGAGGUUCGACUGAAGAUGGAACUGGAACGGGAAAAAUUACGCGAAGCUGAACGGCUUGCAGCCUUGAGGCAAACCGUCAUUAACGGAGCAGCAGUUGAUUUGUUGGCCGAGGUUUUGAAAGAAGAGAUGAAGAAAUUGUGCGGUAAUGCGAUAUCAUGCGUGAGAACCGAUAAUAUUCGUGCAGCACUGGAGCAAAUGGUGCCUGCGCUGGUAUCGAAAAUCCUGGAUGACGUGGUCGACGAAGAAGUCAAGCUGCUCACUGAAGAUGAGAUCAGCAUCCAUCGUUUUGAAAGGGAUGCAUUAGUGGAACGCAUGCGAGAAAAGCGGAAUCUGCGACUUCUGGCGAAGUAUAGUGCGAUCUGGAUGAAGUUUGCUCGUGUCCGCGCCCUUUUACGUCGUGCCGAAAAAAGCUUCCCGGUCAGCUCUCCAUUCAUAACUCCCAGAGAUAUUCAAGAACGAUUGACGGGAACUCGUUACCUUUUACCUUUGACGGACUUCAAGUCCGCACAGGAGAAACAAAAGCUUGUCAAGGAAAAUUUGGAAAACAUCAAGGCAUUUAAACUUGCCAGAGAACAGGAGGCUUGGGAACCCCUGCGAUUGUACGAGCGUGUGGAAGAAUUGCUUGUUCCGAGAUUGAAGAGUGGGAGAGAAGUAACGUUCAAAUUAUCUUUACUGUUGUCGGAGAAAGUUCGCUUGAAUGCAAUGAGAAACUGGGCAGUAUGGCUUGCGAGCAAGUUUCGCUGCUCUGAUACCUCUGAAUCCGAUGAAGAAGCCGUGUUGUUGACGAAAUCUGGAAAUCCGAGAGGAGAAAAGCUAGUGAACGUGUUCGUUUCCGUGAGGAUGGAUGGACUUGGAUCCGAGGAUCCUGAUCCCAAUGUUGUCGGGACUACUGGAUUCAUGAUUUUCCUCGAAUUUCCAUUUGCUCAUGAAGACUUGAAGGCGAAUGCCAGCUCAUUUGCUGAACUACUCCUUGCGAAACGACGAAAAAAUCCUGCGGUACCCGUGCUGAUCUAUUUGUGUGGAGAAAAAGCAAGUGAGAAAGCGUGUCUUUCUGUCGCCGACGUUUUCCAACUUGGAAAAUUUAGACUCGCAGGAUACUUGACUGACUACGCCGUGUUGCCCUGCGUUGUGAAAAGGAAUUUCAUUGCCAGCAACGAAAAGUUAAAUCAAGGCAUGGAAUGGCUGAUAGAAAAUACUUCUGUCGAUCAAAUUCCGGAAAUCAUAAUGCCGAUCGUUACUUUCGUUGAAAAGUUCAUGAAUGAUUAUAUCAUGGAUCCUAUAUUUUCAAAUAUGUCCUCCCGCGUCAAAAACGGACUUCUGCAUCAGGGAUUGAAUGAGCAAGUUCGCUUCUAUAACGCCGGAAUUGAUCACCUGAUUGCGUGUGUGAAGAGCCAGAAGAUCACGAGUCUUUCGUGGCCCCCACCGGAGAAGAUUAAAGCUGAUGUGCAGAAAAAUAUUCCCGUUGGUGAUUGGAAUUCCGUUGAGAGAUUGGACUCACUUGCGAAGGCUUUAUCCAACAUGAAACUCCCUUUGAUCGCUCACCAAAAAGAUGCGGAGUCUUCUUGGGAUAGCACUUGUCAGGAACUUUGGGGGUAUAUUGAGCUAAUAGUCGGAGAGAAAGAUCGUUCUUCACCGUCAGUACCAUUACUGUUUUCAAAAGUCCGACAAAUCCUGCGGAAAACUGUGAGACAAUUCCGCGAAGCAUGGAGAGAAAAGGGACUUCCUAACAAGGAAGAUUUUGACUACCGAGAUGAUUCUGUCGUGUUUCCCAGCUUUGUGAACCUACCGUGGACCCACAUUUUACAUGCUUGCUACUCUUUCGUAUUAGUCUCCGGAUGUUCUAAAAAGACUUCGAACGAUCCCGAAAUGCUAGCUGUCUGUUACAAGGACGAAUUACAGACGUUCGAGCCUCCAGAAUGCUGGGCCGAAUUGAUACCCUGCUCGAAACCCGAAGAUUUGAGACGAAUGAACGAGUCUUUUUCCGUCGUGGACGCUCGUAUAGCCGAUGUUUUAUCAGAAAAACGCCAAAAGAGGAAGUUGGAAAAUGAGGAAUCCGAACGUGGAGACAAACGAGUGAAGUUUGACAUGUUUUCACCUCUCGUGGCAAAAUGCAGAAUGGAGAAACUCUGGGCGAGAGAUUUUGACAUUCGCUUGAAAUUGGCUUUAGGGGAAGAUAUUUCGGAUGAAGAGUUGAACACAUCUGCUCUUGAACCAAGUGGCCAAGACAUAUCCGCCUUCUGCUCGCCAAUUGUCGCACCUUCGUUCGAAUCCGCUCUUGGCACGCGAAGACGACGAAGCCAAGGUCGUCGACAGUUGGCUGAAUUCAACGGAAGCGUUGGUGAACUUCCCACCUUCCAAGAAAGCAUCACCGAAGCUUCGGAGACUCCCAACUACCUUAGAUUCAGUGUUGAUUUGCCGGAAAAUUCUAAUGUUUAUGGGGAGGCUCGUCGACGGUUCGAAGCGCUGAUUUCGUCCAUAAGACAUGGACGUCGUGCGGAAGAAGAUUGGCUGGCGGAAUCUGUGAAAUUCAAUUGACAUAUAGCAGGCUGUGAAUCCAAUCAAUUGUUUUCAUGAUUUGAUGCGUGCGAGUAAUGCAGGCUUGACUUGUAUUUUCUUA